UGUUCGUAACACGCGUAAAGCAUACAAUAAUUUUAACUUAAUAUUAAAUUCACAUUAAUUUUAAUCUCGGAAUUGUUGGCUGUAAUAUCGAUAAAAACGAACGACAGAUUGAUUUUGACGAUUAUCGAAACAGUUUUAUUUUGCUUUCCAAAGAGUAACCAUCGAAAUUCUUUCUUCCCAUCCAACUUCUCAGUUAAACUUAAAUAAAUCACAAUUUCGAUAAUUUUAGUAUUAUUUAAAUAAUUUAAAAUGUACGCGGAUUAUAAUUAAAUAAUAUUUAAACAAUAACACGUUCAUUUAAACAUUAUGUAGCUCGAAACACGCAUUAAAUAUAGUAAAAAUAUAAUUGAAUAUUUAAAUAGAAUUAAAUGUUAAACAUAGCCUUUAAGACGCGUUGGACUUAGAAUAAUUUUCUUUCAACAUGCGUCGAUAGUUUAAUGUCAACAAAAAUAAACAUUAGAAGAAUCAUGAGAGCGACAAGGUCAGUUUCCUUUCGUACUCCGAGGAGUAAACGUCGAAAUACACUCUUUCCGUAUCGUCAUUUAAUCACCUUAUAGAUAAAGGAACAAUCGCGCGCGUAACAAUGAAGUAAUCGAUUGUUUGUUCCGCUAAAAUAAAAAGUUCGCGAAGUAAAAGCAGUGUUUGUUCAUCCGCGUUUCGCAAUUUGAACAAGUAGUUUUGCAUCGACUGCGCGUAAUGCAGUCAUUAGAGUCAGUGUUUGUUUGUAAAUUAUUUUGCUUUUUUAACAGUCACACAGACUGUAUUUAUAAAAAAUAGUAGAGUUACGUGAAGUAAAUUCAGUGAUCGUCCGUUAAUAAAUAACUACCGCAAAUUAGAGACAGUACAUUAUUCAAGAGGAUCUCAACCAAAUUUGAUGUCGACCUAUCUCAUUUUCAACCAGCUACCUUAUUUUCAACCAUCCACCCCUAAUUUCGAUCCACCUAAAUCCUGGAUGAGUGUUUUGGAGCCAUCGCAGAACUUCUUAAGUAGUCUAAUAAUGGAACCGAAUAAACGGUAUACUCAAACCGUUGAAAAAUCAUUCCACGUGUCUAUGGCGACUUUAGAUGUUGCAAGCGCCGAUGACGAUGUAGUACAGGUGACUGUAUGUUAUGAUGGUACAAAUUAUUUACUUUGUAGUUUAAAGAAAGGCUCAGUAUGGCAAGUACCACUUGAUUUGCACUUUCAAGAGGGAACUAAAAUAGCUUUCACAUGUAAUGGCCACAGUCGUGUACAUUUAACUGGAUAUUUAAUACCAGAUGAUUUAAUUGAUGAAAUAGAAGAAGAAGAGGAUGAGGAAGAGGAAGAAAAAGUUCAACAGUUAAUUGAUAGACAAUCAAAGAGAAAAGCAAUAGAUUUUCCAAAAGGAAAUAAAAAAGUAAAAAGAGUAAAAAAUGAAGUUGAAUCGUCGGAAGAUGAUGAUUUGGAAUUAGAUGGAACAAAUAAUGAUGAAGAUUCUGAUGAGGAAGAGGAAGAAGAAGGGAAGGAAACUCUAUUGAUUGAAGAAAAUAUUAAUGAAGAAGAGGAUGAGGAGGAUGAAAGUGAUGAUGAUGAUGAUGACGAUGAUGAGGAUGAUGAUGCUGAUGAUGAUGAUGAUGAUAUUAUUGAAGAGGAAGAAGAGGAAAAGAUACAAAAAAAAUCUAGCAAACAACAGCAACAGCAGGGAAACAAAAGCAAGCAAAUACAACAAUUACAGCCUAAAAAGAAGCAAGAUAAACAGAAAUUGUUAAACGGAAAGGAUAUCAAACAAGACCAACAAAAGAAAAAUAAAGGAGAACAGCAACAGCAAAAUACUCAAAAUGAACAGAAGAAGAGGGUGGUUGAGGGAGGUGUACAAAUAAAAGAUAUAAAGACAGGCAAUGGUGCAUUUGCGAAAGCAGGAAAAUUUGUUUCUGUGUACUUUGUAGGACGAUUGCAAAAUGGCAAGAAAUUUGAUGCCACUACACAAGGAGAUGGUUUUAAAUUUAGGCUUGGAAAAGGUGAAGUUAUCAAAGGAUGGGAUGUAGGCAUUUCUGGCAUGAAAGUUGGUGGAAAGAGACAAAUUACAAUACCUCCAGCUAUGGCGUAUGGCGCUAAGGGUUAUCCACCUGCUAUUCCUGGCAACAGUACGCUUGUUUUUGAAGUUGAACUAAAAAAUGUCCAUUAACAUGUAAUUGUAAUCUAACAAAUAUUUGGAUACUUCAUAUAACUAUAAUUCUAAAAGAUUUUACUACUUAUUUAUCAACAUAUAAGGAUGUAUUAAAAAUGUAAUAUUUGUUAAAUAUUUAUUAAUAAGAAAAAAAUCUCCAUAGGUUAUAAUAUUUUUAAAAUGUUCAUACAAUAUUAAAUUUAUUUGUCUUAAAUGUAAUGUUUAUUCUCGUAACACGAUAAUAUUUGCAUUUUUGCAACGGAUUGUAGUUUCCAUAAUUUACAAGCCAUUAUAUUAUAAAAGUUUCAUUAAAUUGGAUAUUAUCAGACAUAUAAAAUUAGUAAUAUUUUGUGAUAUCCUUAUAUGUUAGUGGAUGAGUAUUAAACUAUAAUUAGGCAGAGUCAUGAAAUGCGUAAAAGAAUGCCUAAAAAAUAGAUUAAAACAGUUUUGAAUUGUUGGAACUAUUGAAACAAGGUGUUGAUGUUUUUAAUAAAAAAUUAUAUUAAUGCAAUGCAUUUAAUAUGAUGUAUACAGUCAACAUAUGUUUGAACAUUCAAGGUAUAAUGUAUACAAGUAUAACAUCUCUUAUAUCUCAGUAUAAACUUACAAGCUACUGUUGAGUAUUAAAAAAGUAACUGAUGUUUACAAAUAAAUUUUACAAAUAUUCUA